AUUUUAUGUGUCAAAUGUGAUUUUAUUUUGUUAUUUAUCUGACAUAUUUUUUGUGUAACGUUGGAUCAUCUAACACAACUACGCCACCUUAAAAAAAAUCUAGUUUUAAAAUGUCCGCGGCACGCAAACUAGACGUGAUCAUAUUCGGUGCCACCGGGUUCACCGGCAAGUACACCGUAUUCGAGGGCAUCAAAAUUUUGGCCAACAUGAACUGGGGUAUAGCCGGUCGGAAUCGGUCCAAGCUGGAAGCGACCCUAGCGGAGAUGGGCCAGAAGGCUAGCACGGAUCUAUCGCACAUUCCGAUCGUGACGGCCGAUGUGGGUAAUCAACAAUCGUUGGUCCAGAUGGCUCGGGAAUGUAACGUGGUGGUCAAUUGCUGCGGACCGUACCGUCUGUUUGGGGAACCGGUAAUCCAAGCUUGUCUGGAAGCAGGAACACAUCACGUAGAUGUUAGUGGUGAACCGCAGUUUUUGGAAGGGAUGCAGCUGAAGUAUCACGAGUCGGCUAAGGAGAAGGGAGUCUACCUAAUAUCGGCUUGUGGUUUUGACAGUAUCCCGGCCGAUAUGGGAACGGUGUUCCUGGAACAGCAGUUCGAUGGCGUGGUCAAUUCAGUGGAAAGCUAUGUAGUGUCUAGAAUGAAGGGCCAAAAAGAGCUGGGAAGUAUUCAUUAUGGAACGUGGGCAUCGGCAGUGCAUGCAAUUGCGAAUAUGAAGGAAGUUGGACAGAUUCGGAGGGAACUAUUCAAAACGAAGCUGCCGGAAGUGGCCCCGAAAUUGAAGGAACGGCCCGUGAUUCAUAAAUCAAGCGGUAACAAGUGGUCGCUACCAUUCAUGGGAGCUGAUCGGUCAUGUGUCCUGAGAACCCAGCGAUUCUUGUAUGAAACCGAGGGUAAAAGACCUCUGCAGAUGCGGGCGUACAUUUCUUUUGGUGGUAUACUGGAGGUCAUGGCCGUAUCCUUCAUCGGAGCAAUCUUCUGGCUGAUGGUGAAGACAAAAGUCGGUCAGAAUCUACUGCUAAACUACCCUCGACUAUUUUCGCUGGGGCUGGUCUCCCACGAGGGACCUUCCGACAGAGCUAUGAACAACACUUCCUUUGCAAUGCAUUUCGAGGGACGCGGUUGGGAAGAGAAGCUCUCGGAUCCGAAUGAAAAAUAUAGCUAUCCACCGAAUAAGAUGAUCCGGACUAAGGUAACGGGAACUAAUCCUGGCUAUGGAGCCACCUGUGUAGCAUUGCUUGUGUCCGCAAAGACCAUCCUCAAGGAGGCUGACAAAAUGCCUGGAAAUGGCGGAUUCUUGACUCCCGGUGCUGCAUUUGCCAAAACCAACCUUAUUCCCGAGCUGUGCAGCAAUGGCUUCACGUUCGAGGUGGUAUCCAAAGCUAAGCUCUAAACAUUCCUUGACGGCGUCAUCAGAACGAGAUAUAAAUAUAUGCGAAUUUUGUUAAUUAUUUCCUGGCCUUGCGUUACGACCAACUUCUACUGAAAGACUAGACCAAAGAAAUCCGAAACUAUCCCUGCUGACCUAUAAAAUGGCAGUCACGCUAU